UUGAUUGCAUAAUUUGAGAGCAUUUUCGAUUUCUGCUUCGAGGGUGGGUGAGUGAGAGAUAUGGGCGAAGAAUCGUUCAUAUACAGCUUUGUGGCUCGGGGAACUAUGGUAUUGGCGGAGUACACGGAGUUCACCGGAAACUUCCCGGCGAUUGCGGCUCAGUGUUUGCACAAGCUGCCAUCUUCAAACAACAAGUUCACUUACAAUUGUGAUCACCACACUUUUAACUUCCUUCUCGAGGAUGGUUAUGCUUAUUGUGUUGUUGCCAAAGACUCAGUUGGCAAGCAAAUUUCCAUUGCAUUUUUGGAACGUGUAAAAGCAGAUUUCAAGAAAAGAUAUGGUGGUGGUAAAGCAGAUACAGCUGUUGCGAAGAGUCUGAAUAAAGAAUUUGGACCAGUUAUGAAGGAGCACAUGAAGUAUAUAAUUGAGCAUGCAGAUGAAAUCGAGAAACUUCUAAAAGUCAAGGCUCAGGUCUCAGAAGUCAAAAGUAUUAUGCUCGAGAAUAUAGACAAGACUAUUGAACGAGGGGAGAACUUGACUAUACUUACCAACAAGGCAGAAGAUCUACAUAAUUCGGCCCAACAAUUCAAGAAACAGGGGACAGAAAUCCGUCGCAAGAUGUGGUAUCAGAAUAUGAAAAUAAAGUUGGUUGUACUAGGAAUCAUCGUCUUUUUGGUACUCACAAUCUGGCUUUCUGUUUGCCACGGCUUCGACUGCACCAACUAGCAUAUCUUUCGCUCAGAACUGGACCGACUCGAUUCACUUCCAGACAGGACACUAAAAACACUUCAUGCUACACGACAACAGAAUUUCCUCUGCAAACAUGGACUGCCUAGAUUCUGUUAGGCGGUGGGUCGCACUUUCUCUGUGCUUUUAUUCUUGAUUUUUUCUAUAGGGGAGAGGUGUGGGGAGCAUGAGGUUUGUUGUGCUGUUGGAAUAGUGUAUUGUUUAGACCAUGGGAUAUGAUAUAGACAUGGUUUAGAUUUGAAGAGUACUAGGAUGUUUGAUGAAAUAGAAUGAGAUACAAUUCAAUUGUAUGAUCAACAGACUACUAUAAUAGAAUAUACAGUAAUACACUACAACAAGAACAAGAAUAGACAGAAGGUGCAUUCUAGUUUA